AUGGCGUCGACUUCAGCCACCGAGAAGCCUGGCGGCAUUGUCCAGACAUCGCUAUCGCUGUCAGAGGACGGCCAGCCAGCCAGCAGCGCCGGGGCUGUCGAGCAGAAGCCAAAGAAACGAAGCAGGCUGCGAAGAUUCCUCUGGGAUUCCCUCGACAAAUCGCCAGAAGAGAGAGCCUUCGUGAACAAAGCCGACUGGUUUAUCAUGUCGUAUGUCUGUAUCGCUUACUUCGUCAAGUAUCUCGAUCAGACAAACGUCACCAACGCUUACGUUAGCGGGAUGAAGGAAGACAUCGAUAUGACUGGACAGGACUAUAACCUCUUGCAGACAAUGUUCACCUCUGGAUAUGUCAUCGGCAACCUGGCCUCUCAGCUGGUCAUGCUAAAAGUUCGGCCUUCGAUCUGGCUGCCGGCGCUGGAGUUCAUCUGGAGCCUUCUCGUCAUGGCCAUGGGUGCCGCGAAGAAUCUGGAGACCCUGCUUGUACUGCGCUUCUUCAUCGGACUGCUUGAAGCAUCAGCAUUUCCCGGUAUCCUUACAUUGCUAGGCAACUGGUAUAAGCCAGAGGAGUUGGGGAAGCGAUCAUCGAUCUUCAUCGCCACGUCCGCUGCUGGUAGUAUGUUCUCCGGAUAUCUCCAGUCGGCAUUGUACUCCGGCAUGAAUGGGAAACAUGGCAUCGCAGCGUGGAGGUGGCUAAUGAUCUUCGACGGCAUUAUCGGCAUCCCUGUCUCUCUGUACGGAUUCUUCGCCGUACCUGACAGUCCUACCAACACUCGAGCGUACUGGCUCAACACCCGGGAUCGCGAAAUCGCAAAGCAGCGAAUGGAGGAAGUGGGCCGCAAACCUCCAUCGAAGCUAACCUGGCGAAUCGUUAAGGAGUCCCUAUCGAUGUGGCCAAUGUGGUUGUUCCCGAUUGCCUUUGCUUGCCAUGUGCUCGGAAUCAGGGUGUACAACUACUUCAACAUAUAUCUCAAGAGUACUGGCUUGUACUCGGUCCAGGACGUCAACAACAUCCCGACCGGCGGCUUUGCGUACCAGAUCGUGAUGGCGCUCAUCUAUGCAUGGGUGAGCGAUUACUACCAGACUCGCUGGUGGGUGGUCUGUAUCGCAUGCAUGAUGUCAAUGAUUGGAACGAUAAUUCUGUCGGUGUAUCCAGAGCACAAUCAUGCUGCAAUGAUGGCUGGCUGGUUCAUGACGUACGGCGAGACUGGCGCUGGUGCGUUGGUGAUGACAAUGGUCAAUGAGGCCUGCAGUUUCUCGAGCGAACAUCGCAUUAUUACGAUUGGAUGGACAGAGGCUUUUGCGUACGCAAUGAGUGCGUGGGUGAUUCUUUUCGCGUAUCCAUCCGGGGACGCACCAAAGUUUGCCGUUGGAUACGAGCUGGCGACGAUGUUCUUUGCCAUCGAAAUGAUUGUCGUGAUACUCAUCGCUUAUUGCAUGAAGAGAUAUCCGCCUGGAGAGAAGAGCUCCGCCGCCGGCUAG